AUGGAACACAAACCGGGCGUGAUGGAAGUCGAGGAUCCCAAACGGAGCGAACUCAAUCGCUUCGGCGACCAUGAGCACCAACAAAAGCUUACACGUCGGGUUCUCUUCAAGCUGGAUACUCGGAUCCUACCCAUGCUAGCUCUGCUAUUCCUCUGUUCAUUCCUCGACCGUACAAAUGUCGGAAAUGCCAAAAUUAUCGGCCUGGAGAAGGAUCUCAAGAUCACCGACCAUCAAUACGACGUCGGCCUGACGGUCUUUUAUCUCACGUAUAUCUGCAGUGAAUUGCCAAGUAAUCUCGUGCUAAAGAAAGCUUCCCCAAAGCUGUGGCUGCCUUUUUUGACCGCGCUUUGGGGUAUUAUUACCAUGUGUCUCGGGUUUGUUAAGAAUUAUGCGGGUUUCGUUGCUGUGCGGGCGCUACUUGGAAUUGCGGAGGGAGGUUUGCUCCCUGGCAUGGUGCUAUACUUGUCGAGUUUCUAUCGACGUGGAGAUCUGGCGCUGCGCAUUGGUUUGUUUUACACUGCCGCGUCGUUGUCGGGUGCAUUCGGUGGUCUACUUGCUCGUGGACUUGCGGAAAUUGGACCCCGUGGUGGAUUGGAAGGCUGGCGAUGGAUUCUAAUCAUUGAAGGACUGCUGACCUUUGCGUGCGGUGCUCUGAGCUUCGUCAUCCUCCCUAACUCUCUGGAGUCUGCGACUUUCCUGACCCAGGAAGAGAAAGAGUUUGGUCGGGAGAGAUUGUUGUUGGAUAACCCCAAGUCAGCAGAUGGGACCCUGGCUGAAGAAGAAGACGCAUUCAAAUGGUCCGAAGUCCGUCGAGGUAUCCUAGAGCCACAACUCUGGUUGUCCGCCACUGCGUACUUUGCCAUUCUCUCCGGAUUGUACUCUUUCGGUCUAUUCCUCCCAACAAUAAUCCAAAACCUCGGCUUCGCUAAAGACGCCAACGAAGUCCAACUCUGGUCCGUCAUCCCCUACGCCGUCGCAGCCGUAAUCACAGGUAAAUCACCCACCACCCACGAACCCCCCAUCCUAAUCCUUCUCAAGGUGCGACACAAAUCUAACAAACAAACAGUACUCGUAGCAAUCGUCUCCGACCGACUCCGCCUCCGAGGCACAAUAAUGCUCUUCACCCUGCCCAUCGCAAUAAUCGGCUACGCCGUCAUCGCAAACGUCAAAAACCCCCAUAUCCAAUACGGAAUGACCUUCCUCAUGGCGACGGGCCAAUACGCCAGUGUACCCUGUAUCCUGGUGUGGAUGUCGAAUAACUCGGCUGGUCAUUAUAAGAGGGCGACUACGUCUGCGAUGCAAUUGGCGAUUGCGAAUUGUGGAGGGUUUGUUGCGACGUUCAACUAUCCCACUCGUGAUAAGCCGUAUUUCCACCGUGGACAUACUAUUAUUAUGGGAUUAUUGGUGUUUGCUUGGUUUAUGAUUCUGUUCAAUGUGCUGUAUUGCGCAAAGGUGAAUCGUGAUAAGAGGAAUGGAAAGUAUGAUAAGUAUGCUGGAUAUAAUGAUGACCGGAACCCGAACUUUAUCAUGGUUCUUUGA